CCACAACAAUACAAUUUCGAUAAUAAUUCCAGCAAAAUGCCCAGCAAGUUUGCCGAACGUCUCUCUAACUGGAAUGAGACUGUUAACGACAGAAUCGCUGACAGUUGGUUCGGUCGUUACUUUAGAUUAGAUGGCUCAGGACAUAAGAAAGCCCGUGCAGGUGCUAAGUUUACACAAGAAAUUCGUGCUGGUAUCACGACCUUCGUUGCUAUGGCAUAUAUUAUUUCAGUCAAUUCCAACGUACUUCAAAGUUGCGGUGGUACGUGCAGAUGUGACCAUUAUGAAGGCGGUUGUGAAGAUCCUGAUUACCUGGAUUGCACAAGAGAAUUUCGCAGGGAUAUUAUUACAGCAACUUCAGCUAUUUCUUGCAUUGGUUCAUUUUUAAUGGGUGUUAUGGCUAACUUACCUGUUGCUAUUGGUCCUGCUUUGGGUCCGAACGCAUACUUCGCAAACACUGUCGUUGGUAUAAACAAUAGUGGUAGAACAAACUAUGAGACUGCACUCGGUGCUGUAUUCUUGGAAGGUGUUAUUUUCGUUGUUUUGGCUAUGUUCGGUGUACGUGCAUGGCUUGCCCGUUUGGUUCCACGCUCAGUCGCUUUGGCCGCUGGUGCUGGUAUUGGUUUCUUCGUCGCAUUCACUGGUUUAUCACCUUCAGGUUUGAAUGUACUUGGCAAACAUCCAUCAAACAUAAUCGGAUUGAGUGGUUGCCCAGAUGGUGCAAUGGAAUGUCCUGAUGCACAAAUAAUGAGAUCGCCUACAAUGUGGCUUGGUAUUUUCUGCGGUGGUGUCAUUACAGUCUAUCUGAUGCUUUAUCGCGUUAAGGGUGCUAUAUUCUUCGGUAUCAUUUUAGUUUCAAUCAUUUCCUGGCCAAGACCAACACCUGUCACUACCUUCCCUUACACGGAUGAAGGCAAUCAAGAUUUCGACUUCUUCAAAAAAGUUGUCACAUUCAGACCUAUUAAGCAAUCUGCCGGUGUUCUUAACUUUGAUUACAGUGAUGGUCACACCUGGAUUGCGCUCAUUUCAUUCCUUUACGUUGAUUUAUUGGAUGCUACUGGAACCCUUUAUUCCAUGGCAAGAUUCUCUGGUGUUAUGAAUGAACGUACACUCGAUUUCGAAAACUCAACGAUGGCUUACACUGCUGAUGGUCUUUCUAUCUUAAUUGGUUCUACUAUGGGUAGUUCACCAGCCGUCACUUUCAUUGAAUCAGCUGCUGGUAUUGCUGAAGGUGGUAGAACAGGUAUUACCGCAAUCACAUGCUCAUUCUUAUUCUUCAUUUCUAUUUUCUUUGGUCCAAUUUUCGCAUCUUUCCCAGCUUGGGCUACUGGAAGUACCUUGGUCAUUGUCGGAUCAUUGAUGGCGAAGAACAUUGUUGAUAUUAACUGGGGAUACCUCGGAGAUGCUAUUCCUGCAUUCUUAACAGUCAUUAUGAUGCCACUCUCAUACAACAUUGCGUACGGUCUUAUUGCUGGUAUCCUCUCAUACGUUGUAAUCAACACAAUUCCAGCAAUUAUCAGAAAGCUUACUAAGAAUAAGAUUUCACCACCAGAUUAUGACCGUAAGGAUGUAUACUGGGACACUCAAAGAGCAUACUUCGUUCCACCAUGGAUGAGACGUCUCGCCAAAGGUGACAAGAAAUUCUGGAAGGGUGAUGAACAUGAUGAUGAAAGCUAUUAUGAUGACGAAUAUGAACACGAAAUGGAAGCUGAAUCUAUCACUUCUUCGAUGAGAAGAGAAAGAUUAAGAUCCUCAGCUGGUACAUCCAGAUUUGAUGAAAAAUCAUUUGUAGAUGAUGAUGACAGUGAAGACAACCACAAACCACAUCAAAAUGUUCACAGUAUUCCAUUGGAAUCCCCAAACAUCCAAACGAUAGAAAAUGAAGUGCAUUACAAGCAUUAAAUUGCCCCACAAUUUCAGGAUAUAGUGUAAAUUUUUCUCGCGGAGUUUUCUUAUCUUUUUCUUACUGGUUAUCUUAAAGCACUUUUAAUGGGAAUUAUUUCGGAUAAUUUGUAUACUCUCUUUUAAUUUUUGUUAUUUUAAACAUUCCUUUAUAUCCA